AUGCGCGCCGACCUCGUCGGAAUCGCGCUCUCGGCCGGUCCGGGUCAUGCGCGCUACGUGGCGCUCGGACACCGGACGCUGGGGGCCGAUGCCGGCCUCGGGCGCGAGGCGUUGCUCGCCGCGCUGGCGAAGCCGCUGGCCGACGCGGCGGUGGCGAAGGUGGGCCACGACCUCAAGCAGGCCACUCUCGUCCUCGGCCGCCACGGCGUCCCCUGGCGGGGCUCGACGUCGAUACGCUGCUCGCCAGCUAUCUCCUCGACGCCACCCGGUCGGGCAUGA